CUCAGAUUCGUUUAACCUCCACACCAAUCAAAACUUACGCCUUGGUCAGAAACAUGACGACAUCGCUCACAGCUAUGAAAGCACCGGAUUUUUACCUGAUUCCAAUGUCUUUAGCUCAACUCCACAUAAACUACCCGGGA